AUGGCACAUACGCAAUGUCCGGCAAGAACACCUGUCAAGCGACCCUACGCACCACAUAUAUCCUCCCCUCUCUCACCGUCUGAACGGUCCGAACGCACUGGAUCCCCCUCAUCACCUAGUACACCGACAUGGCGUGAACGUUUCAGGCUCCAAUGUUUAAGCAGAGUAAAAGAGUCUCGCGAUGCAGAAGUUCGGCGGAGGAGGUUUGGGAAUAUUGCCAGUAGUCCACUGAAAGAUGGUCCAAAGGUCCAGGUGAAUGAGAACUGGGAUGAAAUUGUUGAGCAACAGUGGGCCCGUUCUUUCAUUUCCAGUCAGUGGCAACAGUUUCGAACAGAAGCUAAUGCACAAGGAUCUAUUCCUUUGGUUUUCGAGGAAGAGAUCUUGCGGGAACUAGCACUUGAGACGGCAGGGUAUGAGGAGGGACCUGAGACGUGGGAUGAUCAGAUCCUUGCGGUGUACGAGAGCUCGUUAAAUCAAGAGGAAGACAUUGAUAUGAUUAUGAUGGAUGAUGAUAUACCAGGUUAUGGGGCCCCAGAUUCUUCAGAUACGUGCAUUGUCUGCCGGCAGGGAGUGAUGACUAUAGCCGGAAACCAAAUAGUCUGCUCUUCCUGUAACCUGCGAGUAGAUCCUCGCACUGGAUCUCCGUUCUCAGUGGAGACUCUUAAACGCCAAAUACGACAACUUUCCUCCAAUCACGAGCAACUCUGUCCUGGCACGCCUGACUUUACCUUCGACAAUGAUACUGGACUGGUUAUUUUGUGCAGUACAUGUAAUGCGUCUGAAAGAGUGGGCUGA